GACCAGGGCGUCAAGAUUAGUAGAAAUACAUAAUUUGAACAAAUGUUAAUAGUUAUAAAUUUUUUAUUAUUACCACUGUUACUACAAUGGUGUGACGAAAUUAAUGCAGUAUAAAACAUAUAAAAAUAGCUUUCUUUAUACAUGAAAUAUAGUUCCAUUAUAUGCGCCCCCACCAGUGGCUGUCGAACAUGGGAGAAACUCUCUUUUUCCGUGUUUUACCUUAAUGAACAAUAACCCUAAGAAACUUUCGACUUUAAAGGUGUUUGAUGACAAUUAAGUUCUUUAGAAUUAUUGGGGGUCCGAAUAAUACUCAUGGUUAUACAGAUGAUGACCAUCUUGACCGAAAGGUGGAUUAUGGUUUAUGGUAAUAUUUCAACAUUACAUGUAUCGCAUAAUAAAAGAUUCAUCGUGACGCCACGGGCAAUCCCUGUAAAACUAGCGUGCCAUUCAACGUGUUAAAAAUGCUUAGUCCAGAAGUAUGGAACUUUAAACCACCCCAACAUCAUUUUUCUACCGAAAAAAGAAAUUACAAGAAAAGUGAUGUGCCAGAUGUAGUCAAAUUACAUUAUUUUAACCAUUCUAUAUCUUUGAUACUUCCUGAUGCAGCUAGAAUUCCGGAUGAAUUGCGAACUUGUCUUUCGGAAGACAGCGAUUAUUAUCGAGUUAAUGGGCUGAAUGUAUUUGAAUUAAUAAACAAAGAAUUCAUCGAAGCAUUCGUUAAGAAAGGACAGUUGACACUUUUAACAAUAGGAAAUAGAAUAGAUGUAGACAAUUCAGUUGCUGUUACACCAACUGGACAUUUAAUAUUAUCUUUAUUAACAGAAGAUUUUCAAAAGCUUGGUUUAGAAGGCAAAGCUUCCUUUUUUGAUCGUAAAGUGCAGACACGUUAUGUUGUAACUAUUGAUUUAAAGUCUGAAAAUUUUACACCUGGCAAGAAGAAUUAUGAACAUGUUCGAACAUCACUAAAGGAGCGUCUUAAUACAAAAUUUGAUGUUAUUGUGUCAUGGAAUCCACCAGAUGAAAAUUUGUGUCCUUCAUCUGUGGCAGCAUGGUUCCAUAAACACAAAUACAGUGUAUCUCUUUGUCAGCAAACGUUUUUACAAAGAAUUGAAUAUUCUUUACCAAUACCGAUAAUUUCGAAUGAAUUUGAUAAUGACAAAUUUUUUGAAUGGCUUGGAAUUUUUAGUAUUUGUGGUAACUUGAAGAGCAAUAUAGAGAAUGAUUAUGUAAACACAUAUAAAUAUCCAUUACCAGUUAUAAAUGUUGGUCAAGUAUGGUAUUUACAAUGGACUGGUUUCUUCACAACAAAACAAAUUAAAGCUUUCUACAGUAUUGUAGAAGAAUAUGUAUCAAUGAAAAACAGUUUACCUUGGGUUGCUUUACAUGUCCAAGGAUUUUUAGAUAGCCCUGUUAGUUGGGAUUUAAAAGAACAUACAUUUUAUACAGAUGGUGACAAUAGCUACACUAUUGUAUUUAGGCCAGGUGCUCAUUCUAUUAUACGCAAAAGUUUAAGCUCAAAUAAUAAACUAAGGAUCUUUCAAUAAUUGUAAAUUUUAUUGUAAUUGAUGACAAGUAUUUUUUUGUAAGAAGAAAAAUUAAAAUAUAUUAUUGGUAAUCCAUA